AUGAAUGCUAGCAUGUGGAUCAAUAAUCGGAGCUCACUGGAUGACUUUAUCCUACUGGGGUUUUCUGAUUGGCCUUGGCUAGAAAUGCCAUUCUUUGUAAUUUUUCUGGUGGCCUAUAUGUUUGCCUUAUUUGGAAAUAUCUCCAUUAUCCUAGUUUCCCGUCUAGACCCCCAGCUUGUCAGGCCUCAGGCCUAUUUUGUCUCCAAUCUCUCCCUUCUGGACAUUUGCUACACUACCAGCACAGUCCCUCAGAUGCUGGUCAACCUCAGAGGGCCAGAAAAGACCAUCAGCCACUGGGGCUGUGUGGCCCAGCUCUAUAUUUUCCUGGCCCUGGGUUCAACUGAAUGCAUCCUUCUGGCCAUCAUGGCCUUUGACCGCUUUGCUGCCAUUUGCAAACCCCUUCGCUACCCAGUCAUCAUGAACCAGAGACGAUGCAUCCACAUGGCUGCUGCGGGCUGGAUUAGUGGCUUUGCCAAUUCUCUUGUGCACUCCACUCUAACAGUGGUGACCCCCAGGUGUGGACGGAGGGUGAUAGACCAUUUCUUCUGUGAAAUCCCUGCCCUUCUGAAGCUAGCUUGUACGGACACAACAGGGAUCGAAGCAGCGUUCAACGUUCUCGGGGCCUUGCUGCUCUUAGUCCCACUCUGCCUCAUCCUGGGCACCUACGUGCUCAUUGCUCAGGCAGUGAUGAAGAUUCGCUCUGCUGAGAGUCGUUGGAAGGCCUUCAACACCUGUGCUUCACACUUACUGGUGGUCUUCCUGUUCUAUUUCACCGCCAUUAGCAUAUAUGUACAGCCUCCCUCCAGCUACUCUCGGGACAGGGGCAAGAUCAUGGCUCUGUUCUAUGGCAUCGUCACCCCCACCCUCAACCCUUUCAUCUACACCUUGAGGAACAAAGAUGUGAAGGCUGCACUGGGGAGAGCACGGACCAGGGAGUUUUGGGUCAAGACGAGGUGA